AUGAAGAAACUUUCACAGAAAACACAUUCUUCUGAACAAAAAAUAAAAUCUAAAACAAAAAACUCUGGCACAAAAAAGAAUUGCAAAAAACCUAUAUCUCUAAAUUCAGCCAGUCAAAAUGUUUCAAUGGAUACAGUUAUUAAUAAUAUACCACCGGAAAAUAAUACUUUUCAUCAAGAAGUAUUAGUAGAUGAAUCAGCAAAGUCUCAUUUAUCUAAAUUAGAGCCUUUGGAAGACAAAAAGGGUUCUGAAAACUCGGAAAAAAAACUCUUUUUAAAUAAUCUUACCGAUGAAACUGUACAACAUAUUACUAAUGGUAUUCAAGUAUUUGAUAUAGUAGGAAAUACAGAUGUUUUAAGAAAAUCUCAAGAGAGAAUAUCCAUAGAUCCUGAAACUGAAUAUGAUUCUUUGCUUAGCGCCCCAGAGCUAUCUAAUUCAUGGCAUCAAGAACGUGAAUCUUUUUUAUCAGAGAUUUCGAAUCUGCAAAAAUCUUUGAAAGCAGAACAAGAUCAGAAAAAUACUAUAAUUGAAGAAAAUGAAAAAAAAAUGAAAAUUAUUUUAGAUGAAAAGACACAACUUGAAUUACAAUAUCGCAAUUUUUUAGGAAAGUUGUCAACUAUAAAACAAGGUCUCGAAGAAAAACUAAAAGCAGAUUCUGAAAGUUUAGCUUCUAACAAGAAAAUAAUAGACCAACUUAAAGAUGAAAAUCAAGAGCUUCUAAAGCAAAUUUCUUGUUUAAAAGAAGAAUUAUUUAAUGUAAAUAAUGAUUGUUAUGAAAAAUCUAAAGAAAUUAUUUUUUUAAAUGAAAGAAUUGAGAAGUUAGAGCAAGAAUGGGCUAAUGAAAAAGAUAUAUUGUAUAAACAACAAUAUGCUUCAAUUAAAGAUGUUGAAAAAUAUAAAAAACUGUCAGAAGAUUGGAAAGAAAUAGCGUUAGAAGAAAGAAUGAGUAAAAAUGAUUUUAAAGAAAGACUAGAAGAGCUUAAAGAAAAGGUUAAAGAUCUUGAAAAUUUAUUAAAACAAAAACAUAUUUUAAAUACUGAACUCGAAAAAGAGAAUACUCAGAACCGUCAAAUCAUUGAUGAAUAUGAAAAAAAAAUUAAUGAAGUUAUUGAAAAUCAUCAAAACGAUAUUAAACAAGUAACAGGUGAAUUAGAGUCACAAAUUGGUAUUUUUAAAGAUAAAAAUCUCGAGUUAGAAAAUUAUAUAAAUAAAUUAGUUCUUGAAAAAGAAGAGAAUGAAGAAAAAAUUAAAAGACUUUUAUUGUUUGAGAAAGAAAUUAAAGAAAAAAAUUUACUUAUUGGUAAAUUAAAGCAUGAAGCGGUAAUUUUAAAUGAGCAUCUUGUAAAAACUUUAAAGUUAUUAAGAAAGGAUAACUCUGAAGAAAGUAUUGAUAAAAAACUUGUUACAAAUUUGAUUUUAUCUUUUAUUACUCUUCCAAAAAAUGAUACAAAACGAUAUGAAGUUUUACAAUUAAUGUCUGCCUUUCUUCAUUGGACUGAUGAAGAAAAAGAGCAUGCAGGAUUAAUAAAAUCAAAAAAUAUGUCAUCCGAAAAUAUUUUGUCUAGUUUUAAUUUUCCUUUAUCACCAUUAUCUCAUGAUUUUUUAAACUUUAAUUAUAAUCAUGUUAUGGAUCAUAAUUCAUUUAAUAAAAAAUCAAUGUCUGAUUUAUGGAUUUCCUUCCUUCAAAACGAAGCAACUGUUAAGAAUUCAGACUUAAAUAAAUGA